UUUUGAUUUAUUAAAAUUACUUAUUAAAAAUGAGUUCAGCAGCACAAAUCAUUCCCGUCAACCCGAAGCCUUUCCUGAUCGAUCUUAUCGACAAGCCAGUCGUUGUCAAGCUCAAAUGGGGCAUGUGAUAUAAGGGCAUUUUGGUAUCUAUAGACGGAUAUAUGAACAUCCACCUCAUGCAUGCUGAAGAAUGGGACACUAAGGACCAAUGCAGAGGAAAUAUUGGAGAAUGACUUAUUAGGUGCAACAACGUACUCUACGUGAGAGAUGGUGAAGGGCUUGAGGAAGUAUAAAUCAUUUCGAAAAAUUGUUCAAU